AUGGAAGGCCGAUUUGAAGAUGCCUCACACCAACUCGAGAUCAUGAAAACUCACAUUCCAAAAAGCGGGAUCUGGUCGCAGGUCUACCCAUUACACCUGAAAGAUUCCGGAGAGAAAGUGAUGAUCAAGGCAUAUCUAGAAGUUACGGAGGAUGAUGUUUUAGAUGAUAUUGCAGCUUUGAGAUUUUUGGGAAAACCCGGGGAGAUAUAUGUCCCUGCACUAAUGGGGAGUUUCAAUGACCCGUCUACCAGCCUGCCGUCCUUGGUGUUCAGUGGCACAAUAAUGAGCUUGCGAAAACGGUGUGUCCGAAAAAUAGGCCACGUCUCAUCAAAAGAGGAUUGCAAGUGGCGGUUAUUCGUCAGUUUGAUCCCCCUUCUCCAGCAGCUGAUAGACGCGUUGGAGUGGCUUCACCGAAAGGGUUUUGUUCAUAUGGAGUUGUCCAUGGAGACGGUGAUGGUGGAUCAACCGCCGGAGAAACAUGGACACAUUCAACUCUUUAACAUUGGGUGUCCAAGACCGGCGAAUAUCCCUUCAGCUGGACGCCUACAGCCCCUCGGUGCCUGCAGAUAUUUGCCGCUAGAGGUCCUCCAAGGCGGGGUGUACACACACGAUGGCGACAUCUAUGGUUUUGGUUUGAUAAUGUGGGAGCUGUGGAACGGUCAGCAAGUCUACGAUGAUGCCAGUGACGUCACCGUAGAAGAGUUCACUAACCGUCUCCUAACAGGAGAGGCGGUGCUGUCAGCACUCAGCGAUGUUCACGGUGCCAACGCCCAGGGACUGGAGACCAAGUGGUGGGCGAUUAUCCAGAAGUGCACCCAACGUCAGCCUGAAGAGCGACUUAAUCAGAAUCAGAUAAAGAGAGAGUUGGAAGCAUACGUUGGUAGUAUACUUGCCAAACCAACACUGAAAAAGGGGUAUGAACCAGUAACACCUCAACUGCCGCAAGUAAACUAUAAACCGGGAUAUCGCAACCCUGAUAUCAGUGAAUCCUGA